CUCUCAUUCCAGCUCGGCUGCCGUUCAAGCGCUUGAACCCUGUGCCCAAGGACAAGUACGAUGCAGACUCAGAAGUCAAGAAAGUGAAGAGCUCCCCGGGGGGGUUUGGUCCCAGUAAGGAUUCCUCCCUUGACGUGUUGUCUGCAUCCCUGGACAAUGUGGAGAAUGACUGCCAGCUGGAGCCAGGGCUGGAUUUUGCUCCUAAACUUGUUAAUGGAAAGGGACCAUUAGACCAUUUUAUCCAGAAGAACCCAAAAGAUAACCCAAAUGAACCUGUAAUUGUUAUUGACCUGACAAAGGGCUCCAACCAUAGACUGAGUGGUGACAGAGACCAUGUGGAUUCAAAAGCAUCUUCAUCUGUAGCUGUAACUAAUGGCACAUUAGGAAAAGCGAGAAACCAGUUGAGUUGCCUGGAUUCCUCUCAGAGAAGCCAAAUGGAUGAGUCCCUGGAGACUGAUGCUCCAUGUGGAAAUCAAGAUGAAGGUUUGGUAGCUGGAAUCCGGCCACAUUCCAGGUUAACAGAGGGUAACAACGUGAAAAGCACAAAGGUAAACCCAAUUGAACUGAAGGAUGUCAUCUUUGAGGGCAAGAUGCCUGUGGUGCUCCUGCAGGACAUUAUGAGUGCCAAGUCUCCUCCAGUCGCUUCUCUGGAUGGGAGCAUCACGUCGGAAAACGAGACCAUGGAAUCAUCCCGGGAAGGGGACUCAGGACUCACCAACUCCUCGCUCAGCUCUGGCUCUGGGAGCUCACCCGAGGUGCGACCUGCAGCAGAGACAAAGAGAACCUCCAGUCCCUUGGCUGUCUCCACGCCUGCGAGGAAGGUAUCUCAGAAAUUCCACAAAAGCUCUGCAGAGAAGGAGAAGCUGAGAUUGCAAAGAGACCAGGAGCGUGCAGACAAGCUGCAGAAGUUACAAGCAGAAAGGGAGGAAAAGGGAAGGCUGAAAGAAGAAGCAAAAGCUGCGAAAGAGCGAGCCAAGGAGGAGGCCAAGAAGAAGAAAGAAGAGGAGAAAGAAUUGAAAGAGAAAGAAAGGAGAGAAAAGAAAGAGAAAGAAGAAAAGGAAAAAGCUGAGAAGCUGAGAGUGAAGGAGGAGAAACGCAAGGAGAGGCAGGAAGCCUUAGAGGCAAAACUUGAAGAGAAGAGAAAGAAAGAAGAGGAGAAACGGUUGAGAGAGGAGGAAAAGCGUAUCAAUGCCCAGAAAGCAGAAAUCACGAGGUUCUUCCAGAAACCAAAGACUCCCCAAGCCCCGAAGAUUCUUGCUGGCUCCUGUGGAAAGUUUGCUCCUUUUGAAAUUAAGGAGAACAUGGUCUUAGCUCCCCUGUGUCGUAUCGCCCUGGAUCCAGACUUCUUAGAGCAGCUGGAUAAGCUCCUGCGUGCACAGAGCAGUGAAGUUUCCUUCUUGAGGGACCUAAAGUGUCGUAAACCACGUAAAACUGGACCUACUUUUGUCAAGAGCAGCACUGACGAAGUGAACAGUGACGUGGUGGUAGUGGAUAACUGCAAAACAGAUGCUGUUCCUGAAAGGGGGAAAUUUGGGAGGAUGAAACUCCUGCAGUUCUGUGAGAACCACCGUCCUGCGUACUGGGGCACAUGGAACAAGAAAUCCACUAUGAUCCAUCCCCGGAAUCCUUGGUCAAGGGACAGUAAACUACUGGACUAUGAAGUAGAUAGUGAUGAAGAAUGGGAAGAGGAGGAACCUGGAGAAAGUCUCUCCCAUAGUGAAGGGGAUGAUGAAGAGGAGGGAGAGGAUGAAGAUGAUGACGAUGGGUUUUUUGUACCCCAUGGGUACCUAUCUGAAGAUGAAGGAGUGACAGAAGAGUGUGAUCCAGAGAAUCAGAAGGUUCGUCAAAAGCUGAAAGCAAAGGAGUGGGAUGAGCUGAUAGCCAAGGGGAAGAGGUUCCAUGUUCUACAGCCUGUGAAAAUCGGCUGCGUCUGGGAAGGAGCAGAACAUGACGGCAGCACAAAUGCAGACCUAAAGGUUCUGCAGCAGUUCACAGCCUGCAUCCUGGAUUCACCUGUUGCAGAGGAAGAACAGCAGGUCCAGAAAAGCAGCAAAAAAAGAGCAAAAGAUCAGCAAAUCCUUGGCCACCUCCUGCCGCUGCUGCACGGCAACGUGAACGGGAGCAAAGUGAUCAUCCAGGAAUUCCAGGAGUGCUGCCGACAGGGACUCUUCAGUGACGUGACGGCGGCCGCCGACUGCAGCGACACCAGCCCCGCCAGCCCCGUGGCCUCCCGCCCACAGACGCCUGUUGGGGAGGACAGUGGGGUCCCUUCCAAAGCCAGGCUAAAGAGAAUCAUCUCGGAGAACUCUGUGUAUGAGAAGAGACCCGAGUACAGGAUGUGCUGGUACGUCCACUCCGAGGUGCUGAAGAGUUUUGACCAAGAGCAUCUCCCCGUCCCUUGUCAGUGGAGCUACGUCACCCAAGUCCCUUCCUCGGGGAAGGAGGAGGGUGGCAGCGUGGCAGGUUUGGCUGUGCUGCAGCCCACCCCCGUGGCAGUGAAGAGGAAGCCCACUGGCAGCAUGUCCAUCACCAAGUUCAUGAAGAGACCUCGGGAUGCUGAGCAGGCUGAAGCUGCAGAGAUGGAUGGAUUUCAGGCAGACACUGAGGAAGAUGAGGAAGAUGAUGACUGCAUGAUUGUGGAUAUACAGCCAGGCAAAGAUUCUACAGUGGCAGCUUUGGACUCGAGUGGUGCAGGAGCUGCUCCCCAGGACACCAACAUGCUCGACCCAUCUAAUACAGCUUGA